AUGAGCGUCCUGGAACAAAUCGGGCGUCCUCUCGGUACUCACCCAUCCGCAAAUCCAGACGUAUUCUUCAUCGAGGGAUCGUCCGAGCAAGGCGCAGGACUUGCCUGCUUUGCAUCCAAGCCACUCGAAAAUGGCCAGGUGGUUCUACGUGCGCAGGACCCAGUCGCAAGUACUGUGGUUGCAAAAUUCAGGAAAGAAGUCUGUGCAUGGUGCUUUCAUUAUACAUUUGGAGACAUCCUCAAGUUCAAACUCGAAACCCCUCGGAGGAGAGGAGCGGCGUGGUUCUGCAGUACCUCAUGCCGGGAUAACUGGAGAAAAUUGAUAGGGGAUGUAGGGUGGACUGCGAUAGCGGCAUUUGAGGACGGGUUAGCUCGGUCCUCGAAGAGCGGGGUAUCCAAUACAGAAGACGAGACCUGCAGUUUACAAGACAUAGAGACAGCUUGGGACAAUGCGUUAAAAUCAGGGGAGAAGAUAUUGGCCACUCGGAGGACUAAGCCUCGCUGGGUGCCACCCACAGCGACCUUGACCCACGAUGUCGACCUGGAUGAAGCCCGCUUCUCCCUCUCUGCAUUCAUAUCGUUCCACAACCACCCUCAUACAUACGACCAAGUCAAACGACUCGUCCCAACGUUAAAGCUAUAUACCGACUCGCGGGCGACCUUGCAAGGUCAUAUUGACAUCUACCUCUACAUGCUGUCGGUCCUCCCCUUGGACUCGCCAAUUAUGCGCUACGUGACACCACUCCAUAUGGUGACUGUUUUUACUCGAGACAGUGGGAAUAGCUGGGGAAUUUGGGGAUUGGAACUCGCAGAGGAGCUCUUUGCUUACUGCAUGUAUCCGACCGCCAGCUACUUCAAUCAUUCCUGCGCACCAAAUCUCUCGAAAGAACGCAUAGGUCGAGAAUAUGUCUUCAAAGCGGCUAGAGAAAUUCCAGAAAAGGCCGAGCUCAACAUCAAAGCCAUUGAGGAGGAGAUGGCGAGGAGUGGAACCGGAUUUGACGUCCAAAAGGCUGGAGAUGCACGAGUAUGCUUGAUUGGUUUCCCAUCUGUCGGAAAGUCGACGCUACUAUCCAAAAUGACCAAUACGGCCUCUGAGGCGGCAGCCUACGAAUUCACAACACUCACGGCGAUUCCUGGAGCGCGUAUACAACUUCUCGACCUUCCUGGAAUUGUCGAGGGGGCCAGUAGCGGCAGGGGCCGCGGCCGGCAAGUGGUUUCGACAGCCAAGACGGCAGAUCUCAUCAUCAUGAUGCUUGAUGCUACCAAGUCUGUAGAACAGCGACGUCUCCUAGAGAUCGAGUUGGACGCAGUCGGUAUCCGUUUGAACAAGAGUAAACCAGAUGUCGUCUUCAAACAGAAAGCUGCGGGAGGAAUUACGAUCAAUGCCACUGUCAAGCUUACUAAAAUAGAUGAAAAGGCCAUCAAGACCAUCCUCGCUGGAUACAAGAUUCACAACUGCGACGUUAUGAUUCGAGAAGAUAUUACGGUUGACGAACUUAUCGACGUGCUUAUUGGCACUCGGAAAUACGUGCCGUGUCUUUACGUCUUCAACAAGAUUGACGCAAUUAGUUUGGAGCAGAUGGACAAGUACGCCCACGAACCUCACUCGAUGGUGAUAUCUUGUGAGAUGGAUCUGAACCUCGACCAACUUGUGGAGCGUAUUUGGGAUCAAGUCGGCCUGGUCAAAGUCUACACAAAGAAGCGGGGACAGCAUCCAGACCUGAAAGAUCCCAUCUGUUUACGCAAAGGCGCAACGAUCGAGGCAGGUCGAGCCCAUGAUUGUAAACACUCAAUGACUUCGGAUCCACCAGGACGUCUGUUAUGGCAUUCAUCGAUCUCUUGUUCCAAACUUCAAAUAUGCGCUUGUCUGGGUCUGUUUCUAAGUUUCAACGGUCACUUGGAUACGCGUCUAACCUUUUGGCAGGGGAAAUCGUCAAAGUUUUGUCCGCACGCACAAAAGGUUGGGCUGAAUCAUGCUGUUGCUGACGAGGAUGUUGUGAGCAUCUUUACAAAGUAG